UAUCUACGUUGACCUGUUGGUGUUGACGAAUUUGCCAGCCUAUCAUAACCAUAACGUAGUCGUGAUUUUCGCUCCUCAGUUCACACAAUCUCAGCACUAUGGCCGUCACCGUGAAACUAAUGGCCCUCACUGUUACCUUUUUCGGUCUCUUGUCUUUCAUCCUCGGAGUCAUAGCCGAAAACAAAAAGCCUGCGGCUGGAACGCCGGUAGCCAGCAAGGAUGGUGUGACGUGCAAGUUUCCGGGUGAUCCAACAGUAGCACUGGGGUAUCUUUCUGUAGCGUUUCUUAUUGCUUCCACAGUGGCUGGAUAUGUCUCUCUGUUUUACCCUUACAAAGGAAAAUCUGUGCCACAAGGAGUUCUGUUUAAAAGCACAAGUUUCGCGGUAUUCUUCAAUAUUGCAUUGUUUUCGACUGGACUAGCUGCAACUUUGCUGUUAUGGCCAACAAUCACUGAACAGCUUCACCUUUCACGCAAUGUGCACCAUGAUCUCAAAUAUACUUGCCCAACUGCUAAAACUGGUCUCCUUGGAGGCGGUGCUUUUUUAUCCCUUGAUUCAUCCCUCUUUUGGUUGAUUGCCCUUAUGUUAGCUGGCAAUGCUCGAGAGGAUUUUUUGGAUGAAGACAAGGAUGAUAAAGUUGAUAUUGAAAUUUCCACAAAUCCUAAUCAUGCAGAUAUGAUCAUAUAGCAGUGAAACUAAAUAGUUGCAUGUGGAGCUAUCUACUAAGUGGUGUUGAAAGAUUUACGUACGUGGGCAAUGACAAUAAGGUUGCAAUAGGAUCUAUAGGAACUUUUAGAAUGCAGUUAAAGAUUGGUUUUUCUAUAGUUUUAUUUGAGAUAUAUGUUGCAUAUUCAUUUAUAAGAAAUUUGAUUUCUAUUUUUAUUUUGGACAAAUUUGGGUUAUUAGGAAACAAUAAAGUUAAUCUCUUUUAUAAAUCAAAUAAUGUUGGUUUUGUUUUUUA